AUGCCAGGUCAUUGGAUACCAUUAAGCAUUGUAAAAGUAAUUUUAGGUGGGACCACAACAGAGUAUUUUAAUAAAUUGGCGCACGUUAUAACAAUACCUACUACAACAACAACGGAGGCAACAACAACAGAAAUAAUAACCACACCGACAACAACUACACCGACAACAACUACACCGACUACAACUACACCUACUACAACUACAACAGAGGGAACAACAACGCUGCUCACCACAACAAAAAAAGCCGUGACGCCUACAACUACGUCGACAACAACAACAACAACUACAACUACGACGACGACACCACCUCCCCCUCCACCACCUAUUAGUAUUAAAACGACACCACCUAUAACAACAACAACGACGAUGACGACUCCUACAACGACUCCUACCACAACUCCUACAACAACUCCUACAACACCUGCAGCAAAUCCUAUAACGACUCCUACAACAACUCCUACGACGACUCCUACAACGACUCCUACAACGACUCCUACGACGACUCCUACAACAACUCCCACAACAACUCCUACAACGACACCUACAACAACUCCUACAACGACUCCCACGACAACAACACCGACGACCACAACUAAAAGGGGUCCACAUCGAAAUAAAAAACCAGCUACAGACGCUCACGAAAAUAUGAAUAAUUAGAUUUUAAUUAUUUUUUUUUGUA